GCGGCGCAGUAAACAUGAUAACAAAAUGGUUUGAAAUAGUACAAUGGCUUCAAAAAUGAUACAUUUUCUGUCAGUAAAAUGGAAAGUUUCGGCUUCAGUAAUAUGGAUUUUAAUUACAUUAUCAUCAUCGGGAGACUCAAGCUCGAGUGGAGAGUCAUCUCGUUUUCAAGGCGAAGCUUUCGACAGUAAAAUCAGCAAUUACCUCAAGGAGUACAUUAAACCAUACUUACAAACAAAGUCUGGGAACCCUAUAUUCAAAUCAGCGGUCCAAGAAUUAGGAGGCAAAUUAAAUAUUCUCGAAUUUAUAGAUGACAAAAUUAAAUCUUUAGAGCCUUUAUUAGAUGGCGGACUACCUAGCGAAGAGCCUGAAACGGAGCUUAACGGAGAAGAAACAACUAUAAUAGAAUUUGCAGACAAACCAGCACAAGUUAAUGGAAUGUUAAGAUCCGAAGAUUCGUUUAAAGACCAUAUAGAAAAGUACAAAAAGUUGAGAUUUAACAUCAGUAAGGCUCUCAGUAAAGAGCCUGUUUCUAAUAAAACGAAAAUGUUAGUUACAUCGACACUUGACAGUAUGUUAACGCAAAUGAUCGAACACCAAUGCAAGUGGACUAACGGCCCCCUAGUUAAUCGAGCAAAUCCUGCACAUAUAAUGGACUCUUGGGCACGCAUGUGGAAUAACGUCCAAGUGCAAUACAAGAAAUUGAUGCCUGAAGAACAGCAAUAUGACGAAAAGCAACAGUUUCUUAAAAAUCUACACGAGUUCUUUACGAAUUUGUACGACGAUGUUAAAUACUUAUCGCAAAACUAUAAAGUCGUUUGUGAGUUCGUUCAGCCAAAUCAACAGAGCCGAAUCCCAUUCUUUGGUUUUGGAACACACGUUGAAAAUAUGCUGCCACGAGUGGAUGCGAAAACUGCUAUUGAAAAACAGUUGCAGAGCAACAAAUUAGACGAUAAGGCUACUUGUCAAAACUUUAGAGUAUGCUACGACGAAAUAAAAGUAUUUAUGGUUGAUCUGUACAAGAAUUUGAAUGACACUGGCGUCAGUACGGUUAGCAAUUACGCGGCUAUGUAUCAGAGAGAUGUGAGUGAAGACAGUCACAAUGAGAAGGAGAAAGUUAUAGACGGGCUUAACAAAAUGAGCAAAAUAUAUGAGCACAAAAUUGAUAAAUUAUUUAGAAAACAAUUAACCAAAUUUAAUUUGGAUCCACAAAGAAGCAGGUAUGCUAACAUAAAAUUUAUCAACAAAUUAAUUUCAAGUAGCAUUGAUAGUGCUAAGACUCGUGGGAAGCAGAUGUUGGACAAGCAUUUGAAGUUCCUGCGACCUAAACUUGUACUAAACAUUUUGAAGGAUCUUUUCGUUAAUAUAGAUAUGGAUUUGGGAAAUUUGGAAAGAGAUUUGAGUGAAAAGCUUUGCACAAUGUUUGUGACAUGCAACGGGAAGUAUGUUUUGUCGCGAAAGUCUGGCAGCAUGGCAAAUAACAAAGGAGUGUAUGUUAAAGUACAAUUAACGUUGAAUGACGAUGAGAAAACUCAAGUCGCUCGCAAAAUUAUGGCAGUUAAUGCGAUUAAAACAUCUACAAAUUUACGUAGAUAUGAUGGUGUAACCAAAUCGUUACCGUACAGGGAUAUAACAAGGACAAUGCCGCAAAUUCAGCGCCUAAUUUCAGAAGAACCUGAAAAAGUAAAUGGAAUAGAAUCAAAUUCAAAUAUUGAAAACUCAAAGUUGCCAACAUCGCCAACCACUUUUUUGGUGAUUUACAAAAAAUGAUACAAUGUCAUUGAUAUUGAGCUGGAUAUUUUUAUAAUUACUGUUACCCGAAAAUAUUUAUCUUGCAAUGAGUAUUAUCAUAUAAGUGAAAUUAUUAUGAAUUAUAAGCCACAAAU